ACAAUGGAUGCAUGUUAGAGCUCUACAGAAGUCAUCUAGAAACAAGAACAUUGGACUUUGAGAAGUAACAGUUCAGAGAGCCCAGAAAUUGGUCACUAAUAAAGCCUCCUUGGCCAUACAGCUUGGAAAUGAACACCAUUGAGACAGCAAAGCUUGAAGAGCAUAUGGAGGGUCAGCCAAAUGAGACUUCUAAUGGCUACUCACGACCUACUCUCUCAGUUAGUGAAGAGAAUGAAAGUGGCACUAGCAAACCAAAGGGCUUAUCUAAUGGCUUGCGUAAAACAGCAAAGAAAUAUCCUGAUUACAUCCAGAUUGCUAUGCCUGCUGAAUCUAGGAACAAAUUUCCUCUGGAAUGGUGGAAAACAGGCAUUGCCUUUGUCUAUGCUCUCUUCAAUUUGAUAUUAACAACUGUCAUGAUCACUGUGGUCCAUGAGAGAGUACCUCCAAAGGAGCUAAGCCCUCCCUUGCCUGACAAAUUUUUUGAUUACAUUGAUCGUGUCAAAUGGGCUUUUUCUGUAUCAGAAAUAAAUGGAAUGAUACUGCUUGGAUUAUGGAUAUUCCAGUGGUUGUUUCUUAGAUACAAAUCAAUAGUGGGACGCAGGUUCUUUUUUAUAAUAGGAACUUUGUAUCUGUACCGCUGUAUUACCAUGUAUGUUACCACUUUACCUGUGCCUGGAAUGCAUUUUCAGUGUGCACCAAAGUUGAACGGAGAUGCUCAGGCAAAGAUUCAGAGAAUUCUGCGACUGAUUUCUGGAGGUGGUCUAUCCAUAACUGGAUCACACAUCCUGUGUGGAGAUUUCCUGUUUAGUGGACACACUGUAGUAUUAACGCUGGUCUAUCUGUUCAUCAAAGAGUAUUCACCACGUCAUUUCUGGUGGUAUCACUUAAUCUGCUGGCUGAUGAGUGCUGCUGGCAUCAUUUGUAUCCUGGUUGCUCAUGAACACUAUACCGUAGAUGUCAUCAUUGCCUACUAUAUCACCACACGACUCUUCUGGUGGUACCACUCUAUGGCUAAUGAGAAGACUUUAAAGGUGUCAUCACAGACGAAUUUUCUCUCUCGAGCAUGGUGGUAUCCAAUAUUUUAUUUCUUCGAGAAGAAUGUGCAAGGCUCUGUUCCUUGCAGUUUUUCCUGGCCAAUAUCUUGGCCUCCCAGCUGCUUCAAAUCUUCAUGUAAAAAGUAUUCACGGGUUCAGAAGACAGGAGAAGACAAUGAAAAAUCUACCUGAAGAAAAGGAAAGCAUCUACUGUUUUUUUUAUUUUUUUUUUUACCAAAACGUUAAUGCUGUAACCAAAGUUCUUAAGACUGAAACUGAAGAAGUGGACCAAGCUUCUGUGCAAUUGAUGGAAAGACAAUUGUAGACAUAUAUUGCAUUUCAGAUGUUUUCUUCUCAUUGGGCUGUAUAGACCUGUUCUACUCUUCAGUGCUAACAAAAUGCACCACUGAUGGGAUUUUUUUUAUUAAAGAAAAAUUGGAGCAGGACUUUGCUUUAUUAAUGAGAUAGAGGUGCCAAAGACCACAGUAACACUUCCAUUACUAUCACCCAUCCACAGAAGCACCCAAAAGUCUCAUCUUCAGAGCUCUGGAGUGUGUGAGGGCAAAAACAUGCUAAAAUGUAAAGGCACAAUAUUGGCAUAUUGAGGUGUAUAAAAAAAUAACACAAUUGUGGGAAGUGGUUGUUGCAUUAUUCUUGUGAGUGAAGGGUAAUGCCUAUGUGACUGGUACAGCUGGAAGCGAGGCUGACUUUUUUACACACUGUGGGUAUGAAUAUCUUAUGAACUUAAAAUACUACUUAACAACAUUAACUCCCAUGUAUUGUAAUAUAUACCAAUUUUUACAUUUUUAUUAGUAAUUUUAUAUUUAAACAGUUUAGAAGUAGCUGCUAACAUCAGAGCUCAAGGAGCCUAAAAUUUUAUUUUUAGUAAGGGACACAGUUUCAACAUCUAAACCUUGAAU